AAAUAAUCCGGCAACACAAAGCUGCGUUCGCGCUCAGUCUGCGCGUAGCCGUCGGCGCGAGCGCAUGUGCCGCGCGAUGACUUAGUGCACCAAUGGUGUACCCCGAGGCGUCCCGUUGGGGCGCGCCUGACACACUCGCGCCCCUCUACGACGAUGUAUACAGAGCGGACGGUGUCCUCUCAACCGUGAACGUGGUGGAAGCGUUGCAGGAGUUCUGGCAGAUGAAAGCAUCGCGGAAUGGCAGCACGGCCAGUGGGGGGAGCGGCGCGCUGGUUAUAUACGAGUCGGUGCCGGCUGCUCACCCGCCCUAUGUGUGCUACGUUACGCUGCCCGGUGGAGCGUGCUUCGGCAGCUUUCAGAACUGUCCGACGAAAGCAGAAGCCCGCCGCAGUGCUGCCAAGAUAGCUCUGAUGAACAGCGUGUUCAAUGAACACGAGUCUAGACGGAUCUCUGAGCACUUUAUCGAGAAGGCCGUGGCGGAGGCCCGCGCUUCCUUCGCGGGGGAUGCGGCGGCUCACCACCAGGACCCGAGCGCGGGGAUUGCUGCUUUUAGAUUCAUGCUGGAAGCGAACAAAGGCCGAACGAUGCUGGAAUUCCAAGAACUGAUGACGGUCUUCCAGCUGCUACACUGGAACGGCUCCUUACGGGCGAUGCGUGAGCGUCAGUGUUCUAGACAAGAGGUGGUCGCGCAUUAUUCUGCGCGAGCGCUCGACGACGCGAUGCGCGAACAGAUGGCCAGAGAAUGGGCUUCCAGGGAGAGAGAGGCUGCGGCUACUGGAAGAGGCGUAAUACGCAAUGAACUAGCUCGAGCCGAAAGAGAGCUCCGAGCCGCCAGGGUCGCUGCCAGGGAACUAAGAUUCCCCAAAGAAAAGCGCGAUAUUCUCUUACUCGCCGCGCGACUCGCGCCUCCUAAUAGCAAUAGUGAUCUCACCGCGCGAAACUAAAUUUUUGUUGUAUUUUAAGUAUAGUUUUAUAGUAUAAGCA